UCGUUUUUCAUUCGUACGUACGGAACCCUAACUGGAGAACCAACAUAACAUUGUAGUUUAAAAAAAAAAUACGUUAUGUUCAGAUUUUCUGAUUUUUUCUCGAAAUUUUAGGUUCACUAGUUUCGGAGAAAAGCGAAGGCGGAUGGUCAAUUUGCAUCUAUUUUCCUAAAUAACUUUAAAACUAUUUAUUUUAAAAUUAUAAAAAAAAUAUGUUUGAGACCCUAUAUAUUUGGGUUGAUAAUUAAAUUAAUUUUUAGAGCAGUUAGAACAGGAAAUCGAUUGAUGUCAGAGUGACACACGUCUAUUUACAUGAGAUACAUUUAAAAAAAUGUCUAUUGACUCCAGUGAAUCGGAAGUAAAGGUUGUUAUUGGCCCUAAAGAGGUUUUUGUCGAAGAAUACUCCGAUAGUCCCGAUUCAUCUCCUCCGAGCUCUGUUGAUGAUGAAGACCGAGUUACGAAAGAGCGAGCUAAAGAAGAUAUACCUCCCGAAUACUGGCACAUUCAAAAGUUGGUGAAAUACUUGAAAACUGGGAAUCAAACUGCUACCGUCGUUUCAUUAUGUUGCAUGAAAGAUCAUGAUUUGACAACAGAGAUAAAUCAAGCAGCAAUUUUGGAAGUAGGAGGAUUAGAAAUUUUAAUCAACCUGUUGGAGGUAGAAGAUUUGAAUUGUAAAUUGGGCUCUUUAGAAAUUCUCAAAGUUCUCUCCCAGAGUGUCGAAAUAAAAAGAAGAAUCACUGACCUUGGUGGAGUAUCUCUUUUAUCAGAAAACUUGUGCUAUCCCGCUAGGGAUUUGCAAAUUUUGGUAGCAGAAACGAUACACAACGUUGCCCAGAUUCAUAAAGCUCGGAAACAUGUAAGGAAAACAGGUGGCAUUCCGAGACUUAUCGACCUAAUGGACGUCCCCGAAAACUGUCUUCUUACCCCCAUGGCCGAGCUUAAUGCUGAUGAAAAAGAAUCCGUUAAAAUUGCUAUGUCAGGUGCUCGAGGUUUGUGGUCAGUUUCACGAAGUAUAAAGAGUGUUAAGCUUAUGAUGGAAUCUGGAGCAGUACCAUUGCUGGCAAGACUAUUAAGGAGUAUACAUAUGGAUGUGGUCAUUCCCACAGUUGGUACUCUAUCGAAUUGUUCCAACGAUCCAGACUUCCAGUUGGCGAUACAAACGGAAGGAAUGGUCUCGGAUGUAGUAAAACAAUUAUCAACUGAAUUUGCAGAUUUGAGAAGAUAUGCAGCUGAAACAAUUUUCAAAUGUUCCGAAAACCCGAUUACGAGAGAUGUCGUCCGGCAGUCUGGCGGAUUGGAUCCUUUAGUGGGGAUGGUCAAGAAUCCUGCCACUAAACUGGACAAGCCUCUGUUAGCCGCUGUGACUGGAGCUAUUUGGAAAACGGCAAUUAGUCCAGAGAAUGUGGAAAGAUAUGACCAAUUAAGCACCAUACAUGCGUUAGUGAAUCUUUUACAAGACGUCGAUGAAAGCGAACAAGUACUAAGUAAUGUCGUCGGUGCACUGCACGAAUGUCUCAAAUUUGAACAUAACAGAGAGACAUUGAGGAGAGCUGGAGGUAUACCAUACCUAGUGAAUCUUCUCAAUUACACGUAUCCUCCGCUGCUUGAAAAUGUACCAAUGGUUUUAAGAGAAUCUGCCAAAGAAGACGGAUCGAUGAGGAUCAUCGAGGAUUUAGACGGAGUCAGACUGAUUUGGUCUUUGUUAAAAAAUCCCUCCCCUAGGGUUCAAACAAACGCUGCAUGGGCGUUGGUUCCAUGUGUAAAAUACAGUUACGAUUCCGGUGAAAUGGUAAGAAGUUUCGUUGGUGGUUUGGAGAUUGUAGUAAGAUUGUUGGAAUCCAAAAAUACAGAAGUUCUUGCUGCCGUUUGUGCUGCAAUAUCAGAAAUAGCCCAAGAUAGGGAAAACUUAGGAGUCAUAUCUGACCAUGGCGUAGUACCACUGCUUGUUAACCACGUUAAAACAGACUCUGAUACCCUUAAAGAAUAUCUGGGAUAUGCAGUUGCAUAUUGUUGCAGUUGGGGGUCAAACAGGAAAGAUUUUGGAAGAUUGGGGGCUAUAACUCCGUUGGUAGGAUACAUGACAUCGGAAAAUCCUCUUGUUAAACGUAGUGCUGCUCUUGCUUUGUUCCAUUUGUCUGAAAACUACUUCAACUGCGUAACAAUGCACGAAAGUGGUGUUGUCAACUUCCUGUUGAAAACCGUCGCUUCUACAGACAAGGAUCUUCAGGAAGCAUCCGCAGGAUGUUUGACAAACAUUAGAAAACUAGCAUUAGAAGCUGAAACCGUUCACUUGGUAAAAAGGAAGGGCGUUAUGGACGAAUCUGACGACGAUGACGAAGAUUAACGAGUUAAUAAAACAUUUGUCUAUGUACUUGUGGAUUUUACAACUUUUUUCAAUUCACUUUUAUUAAAAUAUAAGAACGAGUUCGAGUUUUUUUAUCUAUUAGGACUUUAAAACUUUAGGACAAAAUUUUAGAAGCAGAAAAAAAAUAUAUUUUUUCGAUUUAAAUUAAUACUCUAGGGCAGGGGUAGCCAAUAACUCGAUCGCUAUCGA